AUGGGUAAAGUAUUUGGAAAGCUCUUCACAGCUGUGGAGAAGGAGGAGUUGCCUUCCAGCUCAGAGGACAUUGGUGUCGUCGCUGCAAGAUGGAAGAGGAAACAAACAGAAGAUGGGGAAAGCCUACCGAGGAAGAGAAAAAGCGGAAACACACCCGAGGCGGCUCUGAGCGAGGGAAGCGCUAAGAGGAAGGCGGUCGACGAUGACGGACCGGUUGCGAAGAAGUACAGGCUUCUAGACGAGUCAGACGUGUUUAAGGCCAAGUACCAGCAGCUGAAGAAACUUGGCCAAGGAUCGUUUGGAUGCGUGUUUGCUGGCUACCGCAGAGCGGAUAAUCUACCUGUCGCCAUCAAGCAUAUCGACAGGAAAAAAGAGUUCCACCUUUCCCAAGAAGAUGAUGGGUACACGAUCCCCAUGGAGGUCGAUGUCCUAGAGCAUCUACAGGCCAACUCAGAACAGCAUUCAGCACCAGUUCACCUACUGGACUGGUACGUUGAGGAACAGGGGCUGAUCCUGGUGCUGGAGAGACCGAUGCCGGCCGUAAACCUCUGCAACUACAUCCUAGACAAAGGAGGCCACUUGAAGGAAACGGAAGCCAAGAUUAUAAUUAAUCAGUUGGUGGAUGCAGCCAUUGACCUCCAGGAGAAUCACAUUUUCCACCGGGACAUUAAACCGGAAAAUCUUCUUAUUGAGACCUGCAUGAAGUCGCCGCGACUUCGCCUCAUCGACUUCGGUCUGAGCUGCUUCGUCGAAGACGGAGACACCCAUGACGUCUUUUACGGUUCUUACGUCCCCCCAGAGUGGUACAUUCAUGAGAAAUACGAAGCCGGACCCUCGACAGUAUACCAGAUCGGAGUGGUCCUGUUCCCCAUGUUCCACGGCGUGUCAUAUAGCGAGAACCUGUCCUUUGAGAAGCUGAAGAACGGCAGGCGGAUUUCCCAACACCCGGAUCAGUGGUUCCCCCUGGAGCAGCUGAGGAAUCACCCAUGGCUUAAAUAG